CCGUACGAACCUACUCCACUACCGCCUGUCUUCCCACCCUGUCGUCCUGGUAUCGCCGUCUGGUAGCGAGCACUUCGAGGCUCUUACGUCCGACAGCAUCUUCGUCCAUCUUUCCGCAUCUUCCAGCAGCGCUUCGCAAGAUGGCAGAGCAGCAGCCAAAGGUCUCUCCCCCGCCUCAGGCCCAACCUACACCUGUGGGUGAAGAGGUCGCUGCCGCUUCCUCUUCUUCGGCUGUGCCGGCAGGUACAAAGCGAGCUGCGUCUCCCACCGGAACUGACGCUACAGCAGAGCCUAACGUAGCUACCGCUUCGUCGUCCUCAUCGUCUGCCCCAAAGCGCCCGCGCCGCAUUGACAAGCGCGGUGACCAAGACCGUGAAGCCUCCCCACCCAGAGCGACUGGUGCCGACGGAGAGAACGACGACGAUGCCGAGAAGCGUCUUCCCAAGCGCCGUGCUGCAAUCUUGUUCGGCUAUUGUGGUGUAGGCUACUCUGGUCUGCAGGUGAAUCCGGGAGUGAAGACCGUCGAGGGAGACAUCUUUGAUGUUCUGUGCCAGGCAGGAUGUGUCUCCAAGGAAAAUGCCGUGAAUCCGAACAAAGUCGGGCUGCAGAGGGCUGCUAGGACCGAUAGAGGAGUGCAUGCUGCGGGCAAUCUUAUCAACCUCAAGCUCAUCCUCAAUCCACCGGCUGUGCCCUCGGGAGACACAAAGGAGCUCAUCGACCACCUUAAUGGAAUGCUCCCGCCCCUGAUUCGGAUAUGGAAUAUCGUUAGAGUGCAGUCGGCCUUCAACGCCCGUGCCUCAUGCGACUCGAGGUACUACCAGUACCUUCUACCUACAUAUGCCUUCCUGCCACCAAGGCCAGGAUGCGCAAUGUGGAAGAUGUUCAAGGGUUGGGAAGACAAGGAAGAGGAAGCAGGUGGAGAGGAAGGCAAGAGGAGGCUCAAGCAGGCUCUCUAUCAUCCCUUCUGGGUUGACGCUCUCAAAGAGUACGAGGACGCAGUGGCAGCAGCCGUGACCGCUGUGUCUGAGCCAGCGAAAGAGGCAGACGCAAGCACAGAAACAGAGGCGAAGGUGGAGCCGGCCGUCAAGAGCGUCGAGGAGAAUGGAGCUGAUAGCGCCACGAAUGGCGCAGAAGCUGCUGCUCCUGCCGCCGAGCAGCCAUCCCAAUUCAAGAGGGAUACUGUCCGCAAGCGUCAAUGGCGCAUGGAAUCCGACGAGUACGGCCGCGAGACUCUCUCCCGUGUCCGCUCCCUCUGGAACUAUUUCCUCGGCACCAAGAAUUUCCACAACUACACCGUCGGCAAGCCCUUCAAAGAUCCUUCUGCCAAGCGCACCAUGAAGGAGCUGGAAAUUUCUGAUCCCUUCAUCGUGAACAACACGGAGUACGUCUCUCUCACGCUGCACGGCCAGUCUUUCAUGCUGCAUCAGAUCCGAAAGAUGGUCGGUCUUCUCGUCCUCGUCGCCCGUUCUCCCGCGCCAGAAACUUUAAUGAAGGAGACGUUCAGCGCAAAGAAGAUCCACGUUCCCAAGGCCCCCGCGCUGGGUCUUUUGCUCAACUCGCCCGUCUUUGGAGGAUACAACAUCAAGGUCCGCCAACACAAUGCCUCUCUCGGUCCACGCUUCGCUGCAGGUAAAUUGACUGCUGAAGAGCGCGAGGAGCAGAAGAGGGAGGAAAUCACCUAUGCCCCUUUGAAGGGGGAGAUGGAAGAGUUUAGAAUGAGACAUAUCUACCAAACGCAAUAUGAGACUGAGGAAAGGGAAGACGAGUUUGCGAAAUGGCUCAAUUACAUCGACGCAAUCGUCGGCAAUGAUUUCCUUUACCUCAAUGGAAAGGGAGUCAUCCCGCCAGAGUCGGUCGUGGGUAGUGGAGCUAGUAAGAGUGGACAGCCCAAGAAGGAGCAAGAGAAGAGUGAGAUAGUCGGGGCAGAGCAGGGCAAGGAGAAGAAGAUCGCUGGAGCUGGAGGGGAGGCAGAGUACCAUGAGAGCGACGAUGAAGACGACGUCGUCGCGGGCAAGGGAGCUGAUUUGGAAGGCUGAAGAGCAAGGUACAUGCAGAUUAUCAUCAAUCGAUCCCUCACCUCAAUCGUACGAUGGAGCGAGACGAUUACGCGCGAAAUGUAUUCUCUACCGAAACCGAAAAGGCAAAUAUGUGUAGCAACGUGAACGUCAUUUAGUAAGCGUAUCGUCUAGGCAACAAGUACAGGGAGACUAUUUACAAGUGUGAAUGCAAAAGGGAAAGUCUAUGCGCGCGGGGAGAAGCGGGGGUCAUCUAUCGAGUCUAGAAGGUCUAUUGGUAGGGUAGAGCAGAAGAGGGAAAGAUGGGAACGACGAGAUGCCUGCUUUACCCCACCAGCGCGAGCAGCUGCAUUUGCGUCGUGACCGGCGGGAUAGCGACCAGCAGUAGACAGAGUGCCCCAAAGAGGAUGAACGACAGCGAUGCCACCGCCAUGACCCUGGGACGCGCAAUCAAGCUCGAAGCACCAAUCGCUCCCGAUGUACUUCCCAUUGCUAAACCAACAGUGAGAUGAUCG